CCAGAAUUUAAUUGAGAAAUCUGUAGUAUUCGCCGACGUUGCUGUUGUCUGAGCGCACGGAAGAGAAAAUGUGCAGAGGCAAAUUGGAAAAAAUGUGGAAAUAUUCAUUUUUCAUUUGGAUUGUGGAUAUCGACAAAUGUGUAUUGCGUGUGAAAUGGAAGCUGUUUUGACCGAUUUUAGCAGAGACAAACACUUUUUUUACGUCAAUGCAGCAAAGACCGUAAUCUAAAGCACAGAGUCCACUUUAUACACACGUUCUUAGUGACAUUUCAUUCCCAGAAAACCUACGUUCUUACCAUUAUUGCCAGGCUUAACCGUCGAAAUGUGGCAUUCCACAAUUGCUGUCAGCUGUUCUCUGACAAAAGUCAAAUUGUACGACUGUGGAGUAAUUUAGUAGACAAUUUUUACGAAGGCUUUGAAAACAUAAGAUUUGAAUACGCGUUUCUUUAAAAAUGUCGGUACCGUUUACCGUGCGGACACACUCACGUCAAGUAUGCAGUCUAUACAAGAGAGCACUACGUAAUCUGGAAGCGUGGUAUGACCGCAAAAAUAUUUUCCGGUAUAGAGCGGUUUUGCUGCGCCAACGAUUUGACAAAAAUCGUUGUGUGACCGACAUGGCGGAAGCCUCUCGCUUGUUAGCGGCUGGCGAACAAGAAUUGUUCGAGAACAAGCAUUUCCAGCCUAAAUACUUUGCCAAUAGUGUUGGUGGCUGCGCCUUCGAACGAGAGGUAAUACCACCAGAUUGGGUUCUCGACUACUGGCAUCCCUUGGAGAAAGCACAGUAUCCAGAAUAUUUUGCCAAGCGGGAACAACGCAAAAAAGAAUUCGUUGUUUGGUGGGAAAAACAGUACGGCAAACCAGAUCCAAAAGACCUAGGUCACCAUUAAAGAAGCAUUGCAUUAAAUCUUGAGCUCAAUUAAAAACGAAAGAGCUGAUUUAAUAAGUACCGAAAUAUAAACUGCAUAAGUAAUAAAAACCUGCAAAAAUUAAAUUGCUUCUUCAUAUAUAAGAUGAUAAUUGGCUAGUACAAGUUGAUUGUUAGAUAAAAUGUUGCAAAGGAGGAUCGCUUUAUCGCCGAGCAGCAAUUUCGAACUUUAAUAGUAGAAUAACAUGAAAUACGAAAGACAAAAUAUUUAGGAUAAAAUCUAGUCAGUUUAUAUAUUAAAUACAGAAAAAUUAAGGAUACACCCUUAUGUAAUCCUUGUAUAA